AUGGCCCCGCGCGGCGAAGCUCGCAACGAGGUGCUGUACGUGCAGCUUCAUCGGCGCAUGGUGGAGAGCGGGGAAUGGGACCGGCUGUCUGCGGUGCUCAUGCGGGAGCUGAACGAAUACGGGUGGCUGGAUGACAUGCGGCACAGGAGUAAAGAGAUGGCGCGCGGCAUGGAGCGCCCGACGGUAGAGCAGCUCAUGGCAGGGCUUCGCGCGCACGCAGAGGCGUCAGUACCGGCAGGGGUGAGACAGCAGGUAGUGGGGAUGCUAAGGCAGUAUAUGGAGAAGCAGGUAGACGGCUGA